AUGGAUCCGUACAAAGUUCUCGGAGUCCCAGCAAGCCAGGUCAAGCAUCCAAGUGACUUGGACAAAGUGCGUCAAAGAGCCAAAAAGCUGUACAAAAGGUAUGCAUCAGAAAAAAACAAGUUCCAAGCCAAGAAGGUAAUGGAGGCUUUUGAAAUGGUAAAAGGCAAUAUGAAGAAGAUAGGAGAAGGAGCCUACAAGCUCCUAGGAAGAGGUCGCAAGGAAAGGGAGUUGGACAAACACUUCAACCACCAGACCAAAGAAAUCAAGAAAGACAGACGUGUCAAGAAGACACUGAAGCAGGCCAGGAAAGGAGAGAAGCGCUUUCACUUGCCUGGUGACAAGGAGAGGAUCCCAACCUUUCGACGAAGCAAAAAAAGGCGCAGGCGGCAGAUGCAGAAGAUCAAAAAGCCCAACGUGGAUGUUUUGCAAGGUCUUCAACGUUUAGCUGCGGUAUUGCCACAAAGGACCAAGUUUCCAAAGGUGGUGAAGCUGCUUUACAGGUGGACGAAGGAGUACAUGAAUGUCGACAACCGUGAGUACAUUUUUCGGGUGCUCAACGAUCUCACAAAGCUGCCGUUCCUUGCAGAGGACAAAGAAGGCCGGCAAGAUGUUAUUUGUGUUUUUGAGUACGUCCUCACGUACAACUCAGAGUGGUUCCAGAAGGACGACAAGCAUCGGAUGCUUGGGCGCGCCUGGCAUAUGGCCACAGUCCUUUUCUGUCAGUGUUUUACUGAUGACGCUUUCACCCUGUCGAGUACAAUAUCCAAGCUUACAGAGGCCUUUGGUCUCAUUGAGCAGCACAAGACAGAUAUCGACUCCUACCUCGAAGAGAAGCAAAGAAGAGCUGCCAAGCACGAAGCCAAAGUUGAGGCUGCGAAGCUAGAGGCCAAGUUGGAGUCGAAGGAAGAAAUAUUAGAUGCAAAGUUGGAAGAGAAGGAGGAAUUGAAGGCCAAUGGCAAAAAGGCGAAGCUGGCCGAGCCAGUGGAACCCAGUGCGUCUAAUGGCCAUGUAGAACCAAAGCAAGAGAGCGAUGUCGAGGACUAUUUUGGAGGUGGCUGUGAUGAAGAUGAGGACGAUGACGAGCUCUCGGAAGAAGAAGAAUGCAGCGAUGAUGAUCUCGUGUCAGAUGAGGAGAAGAAGGACAAGACCAAGGCCCGAUGCAUCGACCUAGAUAGCGAUGCUGAAGGUGGCGAGAUAAGCUCUGACGAAGAGGAGGAGUCGGUUGAAAUUGAAAGCAGCAGCGACCCUGAGGAUCUUGAGAUGGAGACCUUUGUAUUUCCAGUUCCAAACAUGGAGGAAAGCAUCAUGAGCAUGCGACAGGACUUUGUCCAUCGAUGUCUCUUUGCUUUGUUCCAAAACAGAGGUCCUCUCUGGGCCCGCACAAAGGUGGACAAUUUCUUCCAGGAAAUCUUCUAUCGACGUGCCUGCCUCGACAAGGAGCAGCAAACACAGGUUGAAGCUUGGCAAUCUCGUAUCAAAGUCCUCCAGAAAGAGAGUGAACACAAAGUUGGUGAGAACAAUGAUAUCUUGGUGGCGAACCGGCCGGUGGUGGACAGCCGUGAGAUGAGGCAAGUGGUCGAUGCUGACUCAAAUACUUGGUCCGCCAAGCAGACCUUCGACUCCAGAGAGAAGAGCGGCGCUCGUCACGUCAUGGACCUAUUGGGCUUGAAACUUGAAGAAGUCAAAUUCAAGUUAUCAGAUGAGAGAGCCUUGCUGCGGAAUACUGGGCAUGGCCCACGGCGCUGGUCAGUCUUCUGGAGCAAGACUGCGAUGGAGACAGCCAAGGUGCUACUACGAGAGUUCAAGACACAGGGUCAACUGUACAGUGCAUUUGCAGGCAGCUUGGGACUCUUCUUUGGUGCAGUGGAUGGCCCCACGUUGAAGCCUAUGGAGAGAACAGUGAAGCCUACGGAGCCGGUUCCGGGGGUGAAGGGAGUUCCGGAGCCACGUGAAUUGGGCUUUUGGCGUCGCUUUCUCCUCACAAGCCCUGGUGUGGUGUUGGCUUUCCGAUUGGGAUUGAAGGCCAAAGACCUUAAGGCCUCCUCAUCAUCCAUUGCCCUCGCCGUGGACCAUUUGCUUUGUGCCAUCGGCACUACAUUGCUUCAGCUCAAGCAGACACAGGUCUCCGUGAGCCCCACACUGGCUGACAAAGCUCGUGACCUGAGAGAUGGUGACGAAGGCAUUGUACGGGACUUCCAGGAGUUGGCAGUUGGCAAGAAGGCUGUGGUGGCAACAAGGCUUGUCAGACAAGCUGAGAAACAGUUGGGAGACUCUGCAUGGGUGUCCAUCCUAAGCGACUUGACACACAGCUUGCCAGAAAUGUCACCUCAAUCCCUGUCCUCUACAUGCCAAGCUGUGGCCAAGCUGGGCUUUGGCCGCAGAGCAAACCAAGAGAUGAGGACAGCGAAGACCCGAUUGUUCGAGCAGCUCGCAGCCUUGGUGCAGGAACGUGCAAGAGAGAUGGGCCCACAGGAGAUCGCUCGAUCUGUAUCUGGCCUUGCCAUCUCCAAGGAAGUGGCUGCAUCUCAUCCUGUGUUUUCUGCGUUGGGCGAGGCAGCUACAUCUCGCUUGGAUGACUUCCAGGCUCCUGCAGCUGCUCAGCUUGUGAACGGCUUGUCCAAGCUUCGCCUGGGCGGAGGCAGCUCCGGCGUGCUUGCCCAGUUUGCAGGUGUCUUGAAAGAUUGGCUGAGUGAGCUCUACCCCAAGGAGUUGGCCUUGGUGGCAAAUGCUUAUGCGCGCUGCAGUGUGCCGGCAUCAGUUUGUGACAGCUUGUUUGAAGAGCUGGCCACUUUGGUGGUGAAAUGUAUGGAUGACCUUGUGUCUCAGGACGUUGCUAAUUUAGCGAAUGCCUUUGCCAAGCUGGAUGCUCCAGGUGGGCAAGCAGGGCAAGAGUUGCUGCUGCAACUGGCAAGACAUGCAAAACUGCCUGAAAUGGAUCCUCCACACAUUGCCGCCAUGGCAUGGGCCUAUGCACGCUUGAAACAUCCAGAGGCUCCUAAACUGCUAUGGGCCAUCGCGGAGCAGUUGUCCUCCUCCAAAGGCUUUCACUGUUUCUCCACACAAGAAAUCGUCAACCUUCUAAGUGCCUUUGCCAAAACUCGUGUCAGACAUCAACUUUUGCUUGAACAUGUUGUAACCUAUUUGAAAGAGAAUCCGCAGGUUGUUGCUCAGAUGGUGCCAUUGGAUAUCCUCUACACGGCUUCUUCCCUGGCAAGGAUGCAGAUCUUUGACGAGACUGUUUACAACCUGCUUGCUCAAAAUAUUCGACGAACUUGGAAAAUCAGUGCAAAGCAGGGCAUCUAUUUCUUGCAGUCCUUGAUGCAGGCACAGUGUCUUGACAAAGACUUGGCCAACGGUCUGGUCCCAAUCCUUCAACAAGCUCUCCAGCGAGGUCAAAAAGACCCGAGCACAUCUGAUUGGGUUGUCGCUUUGGGUGUGUUGACAUCGAUACCCGAGAACUCCAAAGAGAUUGACCAUUUGUGUGAAGAGAUUGUUGGCCACUGCGCAGAUCAUGUGAUGCAAGGCCGUCCUUUGUCCGGGCUGGAUAUGUCGUAUUUACUGCGGGCCCUGUCCCGAAAAAGGUUUGAUAAGACAGCCGAACUUACACCGCUCUUGCUUUGGCGCCUUAUUGAGAAUCAUGGCAGUUUUGCUAUCUCAGAGUUUGUUUCCGCGGUGAACUUCGCAGUGACCAUGUAUGUUGAAGAUGCUGUUGCCUUUGGUGUGACGGACAGCAUUUACAGCUCUGUCUUGAACUUGCUGAUACAAGAAUUGACUUCGGGCAAGAGGAUGAUCGGCCUCACGCAUCAUGAGCUCUUGACGGUUGCUAGCACUCUGAGCAAAGUAGCUGAUCAAGAGUACUCAGAGCCAGCAUGGUCAGCAAUGAUGCGUGAAACAUCAAGAAUUCUGAUGGAAGAUUUGGAGGCAGCAGUCAGCUCAGAUGCAUCUUUGACUCACGCGAUUGUGGUCGUGCUGAAUUGCUGUGCCCGAGCGCAUGCUCGAGAGGCGCUGCUCCUGGGGCCCAUCUACGAAUGGCUUGCGUCCAAUCGAAUAAACCAUCUCAGAGGCGAUUUGUCACGCCAAGGAAUCUUGGCAAUCUCACUGGCCAAACUCGGAGCUGCUGGGCAAUUGGAAGUUCGAGAUUUGGCAAUGACUCAGAGGCAGUACUUCGCCGCCUGGUCACAACUUCUUGAAGGGGCAAGCAGAACAGCACCGCUUGAGGAUCGCGGACCCUUGGUGUUGGGCCUGGCACAUACAUUGCAUGGUUUGACACUCUGGAGCACUCCUCGUCAACGGGCGCUCUUUCGCGAAGCCACGAUUCAACAGAUUCGCUUGGCAGCGUUGGAAACCAAAGACACCAAGAUUGACACUCCCGGGAUUCUGGCCAACAUGCUCCUUGGAACUUGGCAUAGUUCUUAG